CUCUAAAAUCAUUCAACGAAAUCAGGUUUUGCAAUAUCAAAAAGAAAGAAAACAGUAUUCUGCAAUGGCGAUCGCAACUGCAAGGAAAGAAUCUGUCUUUGUCCGAGUCGGUGGAAAGCCUUUGAAGAACCAAGUUUGCAUCUACUGGCUUGAAGGGAGAUGCAACAGAGACCCAUGUAGGUACCUGCACAAAGAAUCUCCGCCUUCAAAAACUCAGAGACAGCCACAGUUGGCACCACCUAACGCCGUUCCUUCCAAGCAACCCAAAAGUCGGACUUGGAAAAAUCCUAACUUUGAUGGCCCCCGGAGUAAUAAAGCAUGUGUAUCUAACACUACAAGGAAUUCUGGAAAGAUUGAUCACGGAGAUCAGGGAUUGACCACUGCUAUGGUUGGGAGUGAUCGUGUUGCACAGUACCAACAGAAGGUUGUGACUGUUGUAAGAGACAUACCAGAGAAAAGCAUUGUUCAAAAAGCCCAGCCAAAGCAAUGCAAGUACUGGGUUACUGGAAAUUGUGUCCAUGGGGAAAAGUGCAAGGAUUUGCACUCAUGGUUCUGCGGUUCUGGAUUUACAAAGUUGGCAGUGUUAGAAGGGCAUAAAAAGGCCAUAACUGGAAUUUCACUCCCCUCUGUUGGUGACAAGCUCUAUUCGAGCAGUAAGGAUGGGUCUGUUCGUGCAUGGGACUGCAACAAUGGUCAGGUUGUUGGUUCUGUGAUGAUCGGUGGUGAUGUUGGGUGUUUAGUUGCUGAAGGCCCAUGGCUGUUUGCUGGGUCGCAGAAUGUUGUGAAGGCAUGGAACCUCCAAAAUCAGACUGAGCUUUCUCUCAGUGAGGCAGUUGGAUCAGUUUGCAGUAUGAUCAUAGAUGAGGAUAAGUUGUUUGCUGGAAUGGAGGAUGGUACCAUUUUGGUGUGGAAGUGGAAUCCAGCUACCAAUAUUCCAGAACCAGCUGCCAUGUUGAAGGGGCACGAAGGCGCUGUAUGUUCUCUUGUUGUUGGGGCUGGUAGGCUGUAUUCGGGUUCGAGAGACUGUACUAUCAAGGCAUGGGACCUGCAAAACUUGCAGUGCUUGCAGACUCUGUGUGGGCAUACAAGAGACGUAACAUCCGUCAUCUGCUGGGAUAACUAUUUGUUAUCGGCUUCUCUUGACAAAACAUUAAAAGUUUGGGCUGCUACUGAAAGUGGGACGAUAGAGGUUGUUCAUGAGACUCAAGAAGAUCAUGAGCUCAUGACUCUCUGUGGCAUACACGAUGCAGAAGUAAAACCUAUUCUUCUCUGCUCAUUUAGUGACAGCACAGUCCGCCUCUACGACCUGCCUUCAUUCACGGAGAGGGGAAGGAUAUUUUCAAAACGGCCAGUUGAAGUGAUUCGGAUUGGCGUUGAUGGACUAUUUUUCACUGGUGAUGGGACUGGAGAGGUGUCCAUCUGGAGAUUGCUUGGGACGCCCUCUGAAACAGCAUCAUGAGCCGACUCUCCUUCAGAUCGGAGCGAGUCAGAGGCUGUGAUUUUCUCUUCAUAAAUCUGCAGUCGUUGGAUGCUUGUUAUUGUAUUAGUCCAGCUAUUGUUUGGAAGUUUAGUUGAGCAAAGGCCGUUACUUUGUAUCAACAAUUAUUUUGAAUGAAUGUCAAUAUAAUAUUAUUCA